GGCUGCACCGUAAUUGAAUUUGUUCUUUCUAGGGCUACUUAACUAGUAGCACAGUAGACAACCCAGCUCUCACACAUGCGACGAUUCUAGCAUGUCCAGUGACGAGUCCCAUCUCUGGACUUAAACUUGCUUCAUCUUGCUCAUUGCCCUCGUCUUCUUUCUUUUGUUCUUCUUCUUCUCCCUUCUCCUUGUUACUUUUGAACCCAUUUAUAUGUACCACGCCUCUUUAUGUCCAGGUCUUUUUCGGUGGGUGACUGGGUGGAUAUUGACAAGACGAGAAUUUGAAGCAGCAAACUUCCAAAAAAAGACAGAAAAUAAUAAUAAUAAAUGUACAGAUUUCCGACCAAUCCGUAUCCGAGACCGCGGUAUAUGCGCGUAGGGUAUCCGUGACAGUAUGUGAACAAAGGAGACAGAAAAUCGACAAGUAGAGUGCACAAACAACAAAGAUGACGGUGCUGGUGAAGUACCGUCCGACCCAAGCCCUGCCAGGUCCUUCACCAUUGAAAACUUUAUCAAGAACGCCAAAUGCAAUGUAUCCAACCAUAUUACCUUCCAGCGGGUGAAUGAGAACCGACCCAGACCAAAGAUGCGCGCAGCAAGCUUUCCCACGGCCUUGAAGGAGAAAAUAAAAAGAAAAAGAAAAUUUGGCGUAGUGCCUGGAGUGGAGAUGUUGGGAAAAGUCAAACAGGCAGGCACAUACAAGGUCCGCCGCCCUAUCCCACAAUGCUAUUGCCUCCGUGCGUUUCUGUAGCCG